GUUUAUAGGUUAUGUUUGUGUCUGACACUUGAAUAGUCCUUUAAAAUUUAAAAUUAAUUUAUGAAUACAUCAUCAGGUGUGAUGACCGUGGAAAAUUUAGAAAACGAUAAUAUAAUUUUAGCAACUGGCGGUUAUGACCACACCAUAAAAUUAUGGCAAACCCAUACAGGAAUUUGUACUAGAACAUUGCAACAUGCAGAAUCGCAAGUAAACGCGUUAGAAAUUACACCCGAUCGGCAACACUUGGCAGCAGCUAGUUAUCAACAUAUUUAUAUGUAUGAUUUAAAUUCGAAUAAUCCAAAUGCGGUUGUAAAUUACGAAGGCACGUCUAAAAACGUAACUUGUGUCGGUUUUCAAGAAGACGGUAAAUGGAUGUAUUCCGGAGGAGAAGACGGCAGAGCAAGAAUUUGGGAUUUAAGAACAAGAAGUAACCAGUGCCCAAAACUUUUUGAAGUACAAAGUCCUAUAAACUGCGUAGCAUUGCACCCCAAUCAAGUAGAGUUAUUUGUUGGAGAUCAAACCGGAAUUAUUCAUAGGUGGGAUCUAAGGACCGACAAUAACGAACAAUUGAUUCCAGAAAAUGAUGCUAUGAUUCUAGACGUGGAAAUUUCACCAGACAGUCAAUUAAUGGCAUCGGUCAAUAAUAAAGGUAGAUGUUAUAUAUGGAGUUUAAUUUCAGGCAUGGUGGAUACACCUACAAAAAUGAUACCAAAACAGAAAUUCGAGGCGCAUUCUAGACAUGCACUAAAAUGUAAAUUCAGCCCUGAUUCCAACUUGUUAGCUACAACGUCUGCAGAUACAACUGCUAAAGUGUGGAGUUGUGGUGAUUUCUCAUUGGUACAAGAAUUGAAACAACUAGAAAGCCAGAGGUGGGUCUGGGACGCCGCAUUUAGUGCUGAUGGACAAUAUUUGUUCACAGCUUCGUCUGAUUCUUGUGCAAAAUUGUGGAACGUUAAGACAGGAGCAAUGGAACGAGAAUAUACCGGACAUCAGAAGGCAGUUACAGCUCUGGCGUUUAGAGAUGCGACUUAAAAAGAAUUUUUUAAAGCGUUUAUAAUAUUUUAUGUAUUAUACAAUGGAAAUUGUAAUUAAUGAAUUAUAUAAUGGUACAGUCACAUACAA